CUUAGUAGCUCCAGGCUUUAAUGUUUGGGUGCGUUGUGUUCUCUGUCUUGCCACCGGUUGCUAUGAAGUACGCUCUGGCAAGCUCCGAAGUUGUGACAUGAAUGCAGUGACCUAUGAUGAUGUGCAUGUGAACUUCACUCGAGAAGAAUGGACUUUGCUGGAUCCUUCACAGAAGAGUCUCUACAAAGAUGUGAUGCUGGAGACCUACAAGAACCUCACUGCUAUAGGCUACAAUUGGGAAGACCAUAAUAUUGAAGAACAUUGUCAAAUUCCCAGAAGGCAUGGAAGGCAUGAAAGAAGUCGUACUGGAGAGAAACCCUCUGAAUAUACUCAAUAUUGUAAAGCCUUUGCAUGUCACAGUUAUCAUCAAAGGCAUGAAAGACUUCAUACUGGAGAGAAACUCUAUGAAGGUAUUCAGUAUGGUGAAGCCUUUGUAAAUCACAGAAGUCUUCAAAUACAUAAAAGAACACAUAAUAGAGAGAACCCCUACAAAUGCAAUCAAUGUGAUAAAGCCUAUUCACGACACAGUCAUCUCCAAAGACAUAAAAGCACACAUACUGGAGAGAAACCCUAUGCAUGUAAGCAAUGUGGUAAAGCCUUUAUAUACUAUUUUGAACUUCAACAUCAUGAACAAGUUCAUACUGGAGAGAAACCCUAUGCAUGUAAGCAGUGUGAUAAAGCCUUUAUGUACCACUCUGAACUUCAACGUCAUGAAAGAGUUCAUACUGGAGAGAAACCCUACAAAUGUGAUCAAUGUGAUAAUUCCUUUACACAACAUUGUAAUCUUCAAACACACAACAUAAUACAUACUGAAAAGAAACCCUCCAAAUGCAGUAAAUAUAAUAAAGCCUAUUCACCACACAGUACUCUCCAAAUACAUAAAAGCACACAUUCUGGAGAGAAACCCUAUGAAUGUGAUCAAUGUGGUAAAGCCUUUGCAUAUCCUAGUUAUCUUCAAAGACAUAAAAGAACACACACUGGAGAGAAACCCUAUAAAUGUAAUCAAUGUGGUAAAGCCUUUGCAUAUCAUAGUUGUCUUCAAAUACAUAAAAGAACACAUACUGGAGAGAAACCCUAUGCAUGUAAUCAGUGCAAUAAAGCCUUUGCACAACACAGUGAUCUCCAAAUGCAUAUAAAAACACACACUGGAGAAAAACCUUACAAAUGUAAACAGUGUGGUAAAGCCUUUGCAUCUCAUAGUUAUCUCAAAGUACAUAAAAGAAUACAUACUGGAGAGAAACCAUAUGAAUGUGAUCAAUGUGGUAAAGCCUUUGCAUAUCAUGGUCGUCUUCAAAUACAUAGAAGAACACAUACUGGAGAGAAACCCUAUGAAUGUAAUCACUGUGGUAAAGCAUUUGCACAAUACAGUAAUCUCCAAGUACAUACAAGAACACAUACUGGAGAGAAACCCUAUGAAUGUAAUCAUUGUGGCAAAGCCUUUGCAUGUCACAGUUAUCUCCAAGUACAUAAAAGAACACAUACUGGAGAGAAACCCUAUGAAUGUGAUCAAUGUGGUAAAGCCUUUGCACAUCAUGGUCAUCUUCAAAUACAUGAAAGAACACAUACUGGAGAGAAACCCUAUGAAUGUGAUCAAUGUGGUAAAGCCUUUGCAGGUCAGAAUGAUCUUAAAAGACAUGAAAGAAUUCAUACUGGAGAGAAACCUUACAAAUGUAAUCAAUGUGGUAAAGCCUUUGCGUGUAACACUAGUCUCCAAAUACAUAAAGCAAUACAUACUGGAGUGAAACCUUAUGAAUGUAAGCAAUGUAGUAAAUCUUUUGCCUCUCAUGGUCAACUUCAAAAGCAUGAAAGAAUUCAUACUGGAGAGAAACCUUACAACUACAGUCAAUGUAAAGCCUACUCAAAAUCAAGUCACCUCCAAGUACAUGAAAGAACACACACUAGAGAGUAACCCUAUGAAUGUAACCAAUGUGGUAAAGCCUUUACAGGUCACAGUGAUCUUAAAAGGUGUGGUGGUUUAAAUAUGGUUGGCCCACAGCUAGUGGCACUGUUAGGAGGUAUGGCCUUUCUGGAGUAGGUGAGACCUUCUUUGAAGAAGCAUGUCACUGUUGGGGUGAGUUUUGAGAACCUAUGCUUAAGUUCUACCCAGGGCAGAAGAGUCUUCUCCUGGCUGCCUCCUGAUCGAUAUGCAGAACUCUUGACUCCUCCAGCACCAUAUCUGCAUGGACACUACCAUUCUUUCUGCUAUGAUGAUAAUAAACUGAACCUCUGAAUUUGUACACUACCUCCAAUUAAAUGUUGUUCUUUAUAAGA